UAAAACGACAAGUAAACAAACAUAACUUACUUAUCAACGAGAAAUUUACCAACUUUUCCGUUUUUCACGAUGACUUCGGAGGUGCCUCACUGUAAAUAUUUCAUAAAAAAGAAGAAACGCUUCUGCAGUUUAAUGGUCGGCAAAGAUCGAAUUUACUGCGGCGAGCACGAAAACAAUUUACUUGACGACUCAAAAGAGAAGAAACUCGAAAGAAUUGUGUGUCCCCUUGACGAUCGUCACACCGUUUACGCCUGUAAACUUCAAAAACACCUGAAAAUCUGCAAUUCUCGACCUCCGAAAGAGACUCCGAAGUACAUCAACUUAAAUUUGAACCGCGGAAUUGCUGACGACGAGUCCUCAGAAGAUUUUGAACUCAAAAAUAUUCCUUCCGAAGUCCUGAAAGAAGCGAUAAAUUUAGUUAAUGACGUCUAUGAACGGCACUUUACCGCAGAUACGAUCAAGGAAAUGUUCGAUAAACGUCUUGACAUCACCAUUGAAGAGGGAAAAACGCAAACGAAGCACGUCGAUCAAGUUGCUGCGUUACUUGGAAUCGCUGAAUUUUACAAUCUUCUUGUUCCGGACACGUGUUUCAUCGAAUUUGGCGCCGGAAAGGGCGAACUAGCGUACACAUUGCAAAAAGUGGAAAAUUUGGCAGGAACUAAUCGAGUUUUGCUCGUGGAUCGCUCGACAUUCCGCAAUAAGAAGGACAACAAGUUGGGAAAUCGCGAUUUAACGACACGAAUCAAGGCGGAUAUCAAGGAUUUAGACUUGAAAGGUGUCAAAUUGGCUCCUUUGUUGCCGUUGUUCGACUCCCGCAAGUAUUCCAACUCGUCAUUUUUGUGAUAAUUUUGAACAUUUUUGGGUCAAACUUGCAAGCAAUUUAUCGGGAUGAGCAAGCAUUUGUGUGGCGUGGCGACAGAUUUGGCACUUCGUUGCAUGGUUAAUAGCAAUAAAUCGGGCGAAAAAUUGACAAAAGGCUUCGUGAUUGCGCUUUGUUGUCAUCAUCGAACCACUUACGGGGACUUUAUUGGCAAGGAUUUCCUCGAAAAGAACAAAAUUGACCCAAAAAUGUUCAAAAUUAUCACAAAAAUGACAAGUUGGAAUACUUGCGGGAGUCGAACAACGGAGGAAAAUGACCCAGAAUCACGGGAAAAGUCGCUAAUUGGCUGGAAAAGUAAACGUUUGAUCGAUUUUGCACGAAAAACGUUCAUGGAAACGCAGGGAUUUUCGUGCGACUUGCGAUUUUACGUCAAAUCCGAGGUCACACUGGAAAACGUUUGCUUAAUUGGGUGUUUGAAAUAA